CGCUACAUUAUAUUCAGCUAUUCUCUUUUUAAUUUUUUUCUUACACAAUAAGAAAAGCAAGUAAAUCGAAUCUAUUUUGACCAUAAAACAGACCAAAACAGACAGCUGCGUGGGCCGGACCUUCGUUCGUGUUUCGGAGUCAAGCGGAGUUGUUUGUUGUUGUUGUAAAUGUUUUGAAAAAAUGUAUAUUUAAAGAAAAACUAUGUAAAAGUCUUAUGAUAAUACUUUAAUCUCUAUUGUACGAUAAUCUUGCAUGUAGAAAACCAUUCUUUAUUCUAGGUAACAUUGUUCUAAAUAAUGUAUAAAACUUUUUCAUUAAGUUAUCUAACAACCGGUCUUUGUAAGUAAAGUAUUUCGCUUUUAGGCAUUUGGUUUGAUAAUACACUUUUUAAUUAAAUAGAAGACACUAAAACGAUACGAAUAUGUUUAUUUAUAUGAGUAAAAAGAUCGCUAUUCCAAAGCAGGCCAAUGUUACUUGUAUAGCAUGGAAUCACUCUUCGGGAUAUAUAGCAGUUGGUGGAGAGGAAGGAAUGUUAAAAGUUUUAAAACUGGAGUCAGGUGGAGGUGGAAAUUUAUCAAUGAACCUUAGUUUGGAAGGACAUACAGGAGAAUUAAGAGUAGCUGUGUGGAAUGAAGUGUUCCAAAAAUUAACUACAAGUGAUGAACAUGGUGUCAUCAUAGUAUGGAUGCUAUAUAAGGGUUCCUGGUAUGAGGAGAUGAUAAACAACAGGAAUAAGUCAACAGUCACUGGUAUGGCAUGGGGCUCUGAUGGACAGAAAAUCUGCAUUGCAUAUGAGGAUGGGGCAGUAAUAGUAGGCGGUGUGGAUGGGUCCCGGGUGUGGGGCAAGGACAUCAAAGGCCCAGGUCUGUCAGCUGUUCAGUGGUCUCCUGACAACUCAUUGCUACUCUUUGCAUUGUGCAAUGGAGAACUUCAUUUAUAUGAUGAUCAGGGUAAUUUUAUGAUGCCAGUCACAGUUCAAAGUCUAGCAGGAUCAAUGGAUGUGGUGUCAAUGGAUUGGUAUCCUGGAAGGGCACCAGUUAACAGACCUGUUUUGGCGAUAUGCUACAAAAGCGGCAUAAUUUUGCUCAUGAAAAACUGCAUUGAAGAAGAUAGUGUAGUAGUGGAAACCAAUAUGUCAGCAAUUGCUUGUCACUGGAACCACAAUGGCUCGGUACUAGCCGCGGCAGGGACUACCACUGAACAAACCAACGUCGUACAGUUCUUCAGCGCAUAUGGAGAGCAUCUAAGGACCUUACGUGUGCCAGGAGGGUCGAUGCGCGCGUUGUCAUGGGAACGACGGUCGUUAAGGCUUGCUAUUGCUAUUGACUCCUUCAUAUACUUCGCGAAUGUCAAGCCUGAUCACAAAUAUGCCUUCUAUGGAAACACACUCGCUUUCGUUUCCAGUACUGAGACGGUCACUUUUUGGGAUACCGUUACUCAUCAGUCUUGGAUAAACCACAUUCCCGAUGUGAUUGACAUGUGCGGAGUGGAAGAGUAUUGUGUCAUAGCCACACCGAGCAUGCUUAUAAUAUCCAACCAGCAGGGUAUCCAGUGCGAUGCUAAACCAAUAACGAUACCGGUGGCGUAUGUAGCAAUCAACAGCAAGGCCGUGGCAGUGGCUGCGUCGAAAGAAUCCUUCAUCAUUUGGAAGUUUUCUACACCAUCCAGGCCGCGAAGCACGGAACUUGCCUACUAUGCCGACGGGUCUCCGAUAACUUCCGAAGGCGGUUUUCAAGAUGACACAAUAUGUUGUAUCACCUGUUCUGAUAGCCACCUGCUUGUGGGCCGAGACUCGGGCACUAUACUGCUGUUUUCCAUGGUCAAUUUCAAGAAAGUCACUUCUAUCAAUAUGAACUCUAAACCGUAUAGGUUGGGCCUGAACUCCAAUUCUAGCAAGUUCUACGUAAUCGACCAGCCGGGUAACUUGUACCUAUUGGACACGGACAUGGCUAACAACAUCAGUAUUGGCCAAGCCUUGCGGAAGGACGUGUGGAGCGCGUUGUGGGCCUCCGACAACCCGCAGAUGUUGGCAGUCGCUGAAAAGGCUAGGCUUUAUGUCAUGAGGGACACGGAACCUGAAGAACCGCUCAAUAUGCAGGGAUACUUGUGCAAGUUCAAGGAAUUAGAAAUCACUACAGCGCUACUGGACAACGUAACCGAUAAAUGCACGCCUCAACACAUCGUUCGGGUGGAGGUGAAGUCCCUGAGAGACACGAGGCAACUUAUUGAGAAGGUCGGCCUGAAAGACGCUGAGAAUUUCAUCAAAGACAACCCACACCCGCAGCUGUGGUUACUGCUAGCUGAAGCAGCUUUGAAAAACUUCGAAGCGGAGAACGCGUUGGAGACAGCGGAGGCUGCGUUCGUAAGACGCAACGACUACGCGGGCAUUCGAUUCGUGAACCGCCUCAACGCCUUGCACUCCAAUGCGUUGAAGAAAGCAGAGAUCCUCGCUUACUUCAAAGACUUUGAUGCUGCUGAGAAGAUAUACCAUAAUGAGGACAGACGCGAUUUGGCGAUCGCUCUACGUAAACGUUUGGGGCACUGGUUCAGGAUAGUAGAGCUUCUGAAGAUGUCCCCGAGUACCACCGAGGCUCAAGUCAAGCAGGCGUACAGCAACAUUGGGGAUUAUUACAUCGAUAGGCAGAACUGGACUAGUGCCCUUGAAUAUUACACAAUGUCAAAUAACACAGAGGGCUUAAAAAAAUGUUACAUGGCUUUAGAGGACAAUGAAUCGUUAGCCAAACUUAUAAUGGGAUCUCCUAGAAUAUCUAAGGAAGCAUCUGGGCGGCAAAGCGUCGUAGACGAUAUAAGUGAUGGGUUAACUCAAACCCCAUCCAUUCAAAGCAUUUUGCAGUUAAAAGAGAGCGGGAGAAUGCUACAAGCGGCUGCAAUGGCGUUUCAACUAGCCAAUUUGGAGGCGUCGAAGAAAUCAUCACCAUUACGAAUCAAGAAACUAUACAUUUUAGCUGGACACAUUUACAGCCAAAGCACUGUCGAAGGGUCAUCAAGUCGCGAGGCGCUGCGCAGCUUCAAGCUGGCGGCGGCGCAGCACUGGCUGUGGCUGGCGGCGGCGCGCGCGCUGGCGCGGCCCCCGCGCGCCGACGCCGCGCUGCGCGCCGCCGCGCGCCUGCGCGCCGACGCCGACCUCCUGCACCCCGCGCAACACGUGCAGACAUGGUGUACUAUUGCGGCCAUAGCCGUCCAAGCAAGAGCUUUCGACUUGUGUUCGAAAGCGUUUAUUAAAUUGGAGGCUCUAGAUCAAAAUGCUUUUGAAAAUCUGGCCAUAGAAAUAUUCUCAAGAUGCAAACCAAAAGACUCCAAAGGCAACAAGAUAGAUUGCCCAAAUUGUCAUGUCAGCAUUCCUGAGUGGUCGGCGUCGUGCGGCGCGUGCGCGUCGCAGUUCCCCGGCUGCGCGGUGUCGGCGCGCGCGCUGCUGGCGCCGCUCGCCGUCUGGAGCUGCCCCGCCUGCGGCGCGCGCGCGCACCACCACGAGCUCGUGUUGCGGCACUCCUGUCCUAUGUGUCAUGCGCAGCUCUCCUAACACCUAAAUAAUUAUACUCUUAUACUGGUGCCGAUUCUGGCCAAUAUCAACUUAAUUUCACAGAUCUAAAACUAGCUUUGUCCCUAUCUUUCACUUAUCAUAGCUGAAGGACAGCACUAGAGCUGUCAAACUGAAAUAAGAUUGUAUUGUGCUGAAUCGACACCACUACCCAUGAUCUCACAUAUGUUGUCUAUCAUAUAGUUGCUAAAAAAUAAUAAUAUUCCAACAAUUCCGUCCAAGACACACCUACCUUGUAAGGGUUAAGAAAAUAAAAGUAGUGAAGA